UCGAGCAAAGUAUCACUACAACCACCCAGUUCCAGCUUCUUCUACACACACCCUCUGUCGCUGCCGCCCGUUAUUCACGAAUACUGAUAAUCUCAACUUGCUCACAUGCAGCCUGCGGCUAAGCGGCAACGUCGGUCAGACAGUCUGCGACCCGCGUACCCGCGCAGACGUGCGGUGGAAGCCUGCCAGACUUGCCGGGCGCGAAAGACAAAGUGCGAUAAUGUGCGUCCGUCGUGCGGAUUCUGUACUCGGAUAGGCACCCGCUGUGUGUUUGAGACUACUGAAAGCGACUUUUCUUCAUUCGACCCCGCAAGUCUCAAGAUUCUCGACCGACUCAACGCGGUAGCAGCAGAUGUUCAGACGCUUCUCGCCCGCACGACCUCAAAUAGCAGCAUAUCAAAUGCUGCACCAGUCAUCGAGUUCCCGAUAAAGUCGCCGCUUCGACCCAUCAGCAUCGCCCCGUCGACCGCAUCUCCCGAACAAGGAGCUGCUCCGCCGCCACCGCCGCUGAUUUCUGUUUCGCCUCCAAGUACAACAGACACACAGAACUCUGACGUCGUGAGCGAAACACUCAACUUUCCGACCGAAGAACUUCACGAUGAGAAAAUUCUGUCGUGGCCUAUAUUCGAGCUGCCGUUCACAAUCACUCCACUUAUCGAAAACUUGCUCGACGCAGAAGCAGACUACAGUUCCGAAGCUGAAGAUUACUCCGUCAACCAGGAUCCCCCAACAUCCGAGCUUUGGUCGCUUGUUGACAGUUUCUUGCUUAAUGUACAUAUCAAAAACCCGAUCCUCGAUUUCCAGCGACUGCGGAAAUCGGCAGCUAAUAUCAUACAAAACGGUUUCAAGUGGGACGAGGAGUCCUGUUUGAUGCUUCACGUCUGCGCUCUUGGAGCAGUCUCAUCACCAUAUUCGUCGCUACCUAACGAUGAUUUAACGAUCGAUUCAUCAGCGACUUCGCUUGGGGACUCUCUUGAAGAACUCGAGCGUUCAAAGUUAUACUAUCGCGAAGCAUCAAAGCGUCUCAGUAUAGUUCGGAAAUUCUCUCUGGUUCAGAUUCAGUGCUAUGUGCUUUCUGGGAUAUACCUAAUGUUUACUAUGCGUCCGCUUGUGGCAUGGCGGCAGUUUCAUCUUGCUUGUGUGUCUUGUCAGAUUUACUUCAAACGGCAGAAUCGAGAUAGCGAUUGGACGGACGUCGAUCGCAGUUUGGAACAGCGUCUUUUUUGGACGGCUUUCAAGUCGGAGUGUGAGAUUCGGUCGAUUAUUCCCACGCCGCCGUCGGGAAUCAUCGAUUUCUUAUACCCCAGCAUGUUCCCAUCUCCUCCUUCGGUCGUGUACGACGAAUCUGCAGAGAACAGCGAGCAGCACUCGCCAGAGGAGAUCCAUAUUCUAAAAUCCAGCGUCAGCAGCUCGGUAGAGCGCAAGAGUUGGUUUUACUAUCUUACAGAGAUCGCGCUGCGGAAGAUCGAGAACCGGAUGAUUAGCGUUCUCUACAGCAAUUCGAACGAGACGUGGCUGGAUCUGCCAUUUGAGCAUUUAACGGAAUUGGUGACAGAAGUAGAGACACAGUUGUCGCUGUGUCAUUCGAAUAUCGUGCCAGAGAUCAAGUUUGUGAUGGACCAUAUCGGAUACGACGACGAAGUGAAAGAUGUCUUGCAAGCUCGAUUUUGGGAGAUUUACAAACUCACGUAUCGGCCACUGCUUUACAUUGCGAUUCAUUCGGCCAAACCACUGGACGAGACACAGCACGCGUUCAUAACCCCACGGCUCGACAAAAUGUUUCACUACAUGCUGAACAGCUGCAUGCACUACCGACACCGUCACCACGGUACGUGGUUCUCGAUCCACUGCCGAUUUGUCGACGGAGCACUGAUCCUGGCGGGAGUCAAGAGCAGAAAACUGCCGUAUGACGAUCCAGUCCGGCGGAAUAUUGAGCGGAUCAUUGAGGUGAUGCGGUACUGGGAGUCCGAGUCGUCGGAUCUGAAGGCGGUACGCACGAUUCUCGAAUACAUCUGGACGGAUGUGCGCAUGAGGUUGGAUAUGGGAGGCAUUUUAGUUUGAAUUUGUUUAUUAUGUCUGAGGCGUUGGAAAAGCUAUAGUAGCAUUAAUGUAAUAUGUUUGAUAUUCUAGUUAUGAACAAGGAUGAACAUGAUGAACAUACGAACAGAAAGAACAGCACC